GCUUACUUCGCCUACGACAAAACUAGUAAUGGACGAAGCAAUUAGUAGCGUGCCCAUGAACAAUCUCAUCCAGUCAGGCCACACAGUCCUGUUCCGCCUAUUGAACGGAGAGACGCGAGGGUUGAAAGUUGAUCACGGCUCAGCGGUAUCCCUGGGUCGGCUUGGAUCUUUCCCAGCCAAUGCUCUCAUUGGUCAGCGCUAUGGCCUCACUCAUGAGAUUCAGGGAAAAGAGUUGAAUAUUCUUCCACCACGAGUCUUGCAGGAAGUCGAGGAUACCGAUGCUACAAAUGAACUCAUCACGGAUGGGGAGCUCGUUCAGCCUUUAACCAUAACUGAAAUCGAGGCCUUGAAGCAAUCUGGGGCUCAUGCUGCGGACAUCAUAAAAGCGCAAAUCGAACAACAUGCCAACUACGAGCUGAAGACAGAGUACAGUAAAGAGAAGUACAAACGGAGAAAGGAAGCAAAAUACAUGAAGGCGUUCACAACUGUCGAACCUACACUGCACAAUGUCUGCGAGUAUUGGUUCAAGAAGGACCACAACCGUAUACGCGAUCUCCGCCCCGAUACGCUUUCACAAAUGUUGAACCUGGGUAGUAUUCGGCCUGGUGGCAGGUACCUAGCGGUGGAUGAUGCAUCAGGCCUAGUCAUCUCAGCUGUUCUACAUAGACUAGGCGGCGAAGGGCGACUCAUAUCUAUUUGCGACGUGGACUCGCCACCCGCUUAUCCUGUCAUGGCCCAAAUGAACUUCGCAAAAGAUAUAAUCGCACCCUUGGGCACGCUCAACUGGGCUACCGCGCAACCUGAUUAUGCCCCAGCAGCACCCCAAGAAGAGUCUUCAUCCGGCGAGCCGAGAUCUGAUAGGCAUCGUCAGCGGCUUGACAGACGCAAACUAGCCAAUGAUGCCCUCCAGCAGACUCGUAAUGAGCUAUUUUCCGGUGAAUUCGAUGGCCUUCUCGUUUCAACGGAAUACGACGCGUUUGAAGUCGUUCAGACGCUUUCACCCUAUCUUGCAGGCUCGGCUUGCAUAGUAGUCCAACACCCAUAUCAACAGCCGCUAACAGAACUGCAAAUGAAGAUGCGGGCAAUACCGUCGUACUUGGGACCUUCAAUUACAGAGUCCUGGUCACGGCGCUAUCAGGUCCUUCCGGGACGAACGCACCCUAUGAUGAGCACAUCAGGUACUGGGGGAUUUCUACUGCAUGCCAUAAAAGUGUAA